AUGUUGCACGGAUUCACUAAUGGCGAAACCGCUGUCUACGACCGAUAUCCUCACCUUGACCGUGCUGUAUUACAGUGUAUACAUGCUCUCAGCGUGCCAGUCCGCUUGGGCAUUCCUUCUAUCGCACGCACGCAAACUUUGAAUUGGAGCAUCCAGCACUCACUUUGUAGCCUCGAGUGUGCCUUUCUGCUAAACCACUGGCUUCAGGUGAUCGCCCAAGGGAUCGAAUCAUCAGGAAUCCAAACUAUACGGGACGAUGAACGCAAACUCCUUAAUAUGUUUUUGAGGAUUGUCCGUGAGGCGGAUCUUAUGGUGCCGUCUGAUUGCGCGGAUGGCGAUGCAAACGCUGUCCGACGUUUAGCAGCAUCUACUGUUCGACUUUGGGCAGAAACAUUUAAAGGAUUUCAUGUGUUUGAAAUAUCCCACGUUGUCGAAGAGAGCCUUGCGAUCGUCGCGGGUAUUUUGGAUGCCCAACUUGGGUCCUCCGCGUGGUGA